AGAACCAGUGUUGACAGGGCCAACUCGAUCAGGGUGGAUGUAGUCCACUCCCAAUAAUAGAUGAGGAGGUGUCCAUUCCAGGAGAGGCAAAACUGCUUUUGUAAUGAGCCAGCUCUCCCUGUCACCUGUGGAACUUAGGACAGGAGCAAACCCCUGAAGCAGCAUGUGUUCCGGAUAGAGAAGCUCCAUGGAGCCGAGCAGACAGUGAGUCAGUGAAGGUCUCUGCACAGCCAGGCCAAGCUGGGGAGGAGAGACAGGGUGGUAUCCCAGCUCCUUUAAUGAGCCUCUCAGCAGGACUUGGAAAAGCUUCAGUGUGAACAUGGUGUGGAGGCUGCCUGUCCAUGCACCUGCAGCAGCGAGCUUCCCAGCCCAGGUCGACAGACGCCGGCUAGCAGGACUCACCUGAGUGCUCUAAAAAUAGCUGGGUGGGCAGCACUUCGAAGUUGUGGCUUGUGCUGGAGCUUGGACUGUGAAGACCAUCCCCAUCCCUAGGCUUCAGAGCCCGAGCUCCAGUUCGUGCUGCAACUUCACAGCGCUGUCUACAACGCUAUUGUUAGAGCACUAGCGCGAGCUCCUGUAGCUCGGGUCUGUCGACCUGGGCUGGGAGGUUCGCUGCCUUGGGCUAUGUAGACAUCCCCUGUGUGGCUUAUGAGCCUUCCCACCUCCUCUCAUCUUCCCGAAUGCGCUCCUGGCUUUAUCCUGCUCAGGGUUCUAUGUCAAGUGAAUCAGGCCCUGUAAAUAGCAGGGUCUUGUGACGUGGCCUCUGCUGGGGAGAGAGCUCUGGGCUGUGGGGAUAUUUUUAGUGUGGAGUCACGGAGGAGUUGAGGAUUGGCUGGAAUACCGAAUACCGUUCAUGAAGAGUCCAUGUCAGAAAUCAGGAUCACAAGGUGCCACCUCCUCACCCCACUGACACUCUUGCUCUCCGCCCUCCUGUUUUUUCCUGCUCUGUCUCUGCUAAAACCACUUCCCUCCCUCUCCCCGUCCUGUGCACUCCCUCUCACCCGGCAGGCUUGGGUUUAAGUUUUUCCUUUUGCUGCGGUACGAGGCCAGAUGCGGAAUCUGAGAGGGAGGCUGCGCAGAGAAUUUGAACAGGAGCAUUCGGCAGGUUCCAGGCAUCCAGUUUAUGGUCAGCUCAUCGCUACAGGCCUCUUCUAGGUCAUUCCAAUGGUUCUGCUCUAGCUGCUUCUCCCCGAGACUGAAGGAAGUUGCAAAUUCUUAGGGUGGCUUUACCCUUUAUCCUGCAAUGUUCUUGCUGAGAGGGGCUCAGACUGGAGUAGCUGCGAGCUCCCCCCACAAUCACUGUCCCGACCUGUUCCGUGUAAUGCCUCCUGGCAGGGGUUGGGAGUUCACCUCUAUAGACAGGGCUUCCAUAAAAGGGAGCCCUGGGUACUGUGAUUUCCUCCACCAUUAGUGUGAAUGGGGUCAGUGUAUCCCUGUUCCGGUUCACAGGGCCUGGGUUGAUGCUUUUGAGGGAAUGCCCCGUCAUGGCAUGGCCAGAUCGGGUGUGAAGCUGUGCUUCUUGGAGUAGCUCCCUAGAGAACUGAUCCACACCCUGCAGAAUGUACCUUCUUCCCUCAUUUAUACUCUGUUAACCUCCCCUUUCCCCCUGACUUUGCCCCAUUCAUGGCUUACUCUGUUUCUUUAAUCUCUUGGGGAGUUUUCAAGGGAUUUAAAGAGACAUCAAUUAAAGAAAACCCUCUCCCCAUCUCCUCUUGGAUUGUGCCUCCUUUAACAAGCCCCCCGCCCCCAUCCAUUCAGACUGCCUGGUGCACAGAGUGGGGUUUGUACUAGGAUCCAGCAGGACAAGGGGAAAUGACAAACAUGUCCACUCCCAGCGGAAACACGGCCAGACAAGCUGCCGUGUGCUCAGUGCUCAGCCCAAGAAAUCAAUGAAAAGAUCUCACUGUGUCCCAAAUAAUCCAUUCAGCCAUGUCACCCCCAGGGCUCAUGUCACCAUCAGUCGCUGGGAGCUACCCAAAGCCAAUGCUCAGCCCCAUUCCCUGCUGGUGUGGAAUAGCUGGGACUGGGAGCUCCUUGUGGCUGGAACUCCUGCACCGUUCACUAUUAUGCUUCCUGCAGGAAGAUGGGGAAUAGAGGAGCUGAGCACCUUCCAUGUCUGGCCUUUCUGCAGUCACCUUACAGGGUCUCGUGCUGAGAGACAGAGAAUCCCAGCUGUGCAACUCAGCCAGCGUAUCUGCCCUGUUUCUUUCAGUACAUCUUGCGAAGGCAGGGUGGCACUGGAGUCUCUGGAACCAGAACACCUCCCCUGGCUCCUUACAUUGCUUCCUGCUGCUGGGAGAGGCUGGGACCGAAGAAACCGAGCAAUGGCAGUAGAAGGAAAUCCCCAUAUCUGUUUCCUUCUCACGGGGCUGUGGUAGGCUGGCUCCUCUCCCUUCAGUCCCCACACUUGCAUUCAGGUCCAGUUCUUCUAUAGGCUUUGGUGCCUAAUGAACAGCAAGAGCCGGAAGGAUUUGAAGGCAGCAGGGAGCCUGGUGCCAUUUCACGCUCUUGGGAAGUGACAGGCUGACGUGUUGGGGGGUCAGUGAUCCAGGAGAGGCAGUGCUGUGUCCCAGCUGCGAAUGUGCAUAAGCCUCAGCCCAUUGGUUGAGUGCCUUGUAAAAAAGACCACCAGCAGCUGACAUGGAGCAUGGGCAGCGGGGACUGGAGCCAGAGCAGAUGCAGCAGCAGCUCAAAUUACGUGACAGGCAGAAGUUCUUUGAGGAGGUUUUCCAGCAUGAUGUGGAUUUCUUCUUCCCCAUGUCCCACCUGCAGAUAGAGCACAGGAGACCUCCGCUGGGCAGCAUUUCCUCCAUGGAGGUGAAUGUGGACAUGCUGGAGCAGAUGGAGAUGAUGGACCUUUCUGACCAGGACACCAUGGACGUGUUUCUCAGCUGCGGGACAGAGGAUAACAAUGUUGCCGGUCUCCUGCCAGAGCCCAGCCACUACCAGGAGGAAAUCACCCUGCAAGUGCCCAAUGCGGCUGAGAUCAAAUCCCGGAUCUCGUCCACAUCUUCUGUGUCCACAGACCUGAACAGCCUGGACACCAGCGAGGAGGGGGCUGAGACCCCCGUGGUGCAGUCAGAUGAGGAUGAACCCCAGGAGGACAGUCCUGAAGCGCAGGCAGCCAGAAGCUAGCAGCAGGCUCCCUGCUCUCUCCUCAUCCACCCUCCGCAUGGACCUGCCAGCAUGAGAGGAAGGAAGGCUGCUGGUUGUUUGACGCCUGCUCAGUACAACCUGAGCUGUCUCCUCAUCCCAAGGAGCGGAGAGACGGCUUCCCUCAGCACGUUCUUCAGUCAGCCAGGAGAGUGGUGCAGAAACAGAGGGGUAGUGUAGUGCUUCAGAAAUUAACUCUUCAGGCUUUGCUACUAACUCUCCCGCUUCACUCACCUGAACUGCUACACGAGCCAUGGCCUCAGUUGUGCCCAUUCCUGACAAGGCCUCCCCGCAGGAUCGCACCCCCCAGUCCCAGUGAGACCCCCCCUUCUAGGCAAAUGUGUAACAAGAGCCUACAGAGAAAUUACCCUCCCGUCAAAUAAGCUGUAGGGAUGGUGUGUGUUAUUGGAGAACCAUGAAUGACUGGUGGUUGGUGGGGAUGAGGGGCUGGCCUAGGAAGCGGCUGCAGAAUGAGGAAGAGGAGAGCCUCAGGGAGGGGAGACAGGCUUAAGGCAGGGGAUGAAGCAAUUACAGCCAUACUACCAAGGACAAGACCUCAGUAGCAGAUGAGCCAAAGUUUCUCAGUCGCCGGAGAACAAGGGUCUUAACUUCGUUCCCAGACCAGGCGCCAGCCCAAUCUAGUGGCCAUUCCUCUGCCCAACAUAAAUACAAGUGGCAUAGUCCUCAUUACCCGCCGCUGAGAAGAACUAUGGGGGUUAAUGGGGCAAAUCACCAACCCAUCCCAAUAAUAAUACUGAGCACUUCUAUGGUGCUUUGCGUUUUCAAAGGGCUUUGAUUGCACUUGUGCUUACAGAGGAGACAGCCUGAGACCGCAGUGAGAAUGUACUGAUUCCCACACUAAACCCGCAGGGCUGGUGGGCGUGGGAGCACUGUGAUCUGUAACAUGAUCCCAUGAGUGUGUUCAAGCAAUUCCCCA